GUUUUAAACAAAAAAUUGAUUUUUAAAUCGCCACCCUUUUAUUACGCGUGUGUUUCAAAAAGAAAAGUUAUAUAUAAAAGAAAAUUUAUAAAGUAAAAGUUCAAAAAUGAGUGAAACAAAUCCAGAAGCAGCAGUAGCUGCAGUUCCUGACGAAUCAACUACUAAAACGGAACCAGAAACCACCACAAAACCAAUGUCCAGCAGUCGCUCCAAUAUACCAACGGCCGUGUCCAAUAUAGCAACGCCAGUGUCUAAUAUACCAACGCCGGUAUCUAAUAUACCAACGCCAGCAUCAUCAGUGACCGGGAUACCCGUGAGUAGGAUAAAGGCGCCAUCAAAUUUUGGCUCAACGAAUUCUGUGUCGAAAAUUGGUCGACCAUGUUGCAAUCAAACAACGCCGAAAGCGGGUCCCCCACCAAGAGAUACAAACAGCAUGAGUCGUGAAAGCGAUGACAACUUGAGUUCGAUUAAUUCAGCGUAUACAGAUCUCUAUCAAGAGACUGUAAAGCGCUUUACGCGAUCCUCGCUCUCACCCACAUCCGAUUGGGAUCGCUUUUCGCCAGCUCGACGUUCGCUAAAAUCGACAUCAACAACGCCAUCGACAACAACAACAUCGACUUAUGAUUAUUAUCUAGAGGCCACAGGUCGUCGUCGGAGCUCAGAUCAUAAUAGCGCUGUGCUGACAGCCAACACAGAACAGUUUAUAAUCGGUCAACGAGUAUGGGUUGGUGGCUUACGUUCUGGACAGAUUGCCUAUAUAGGAGAGACACACUUUGCACCUGGCGAUUGGGCUGGCAUUGUCCUGGAUGAACCGAAUGGCAAAAACGAUGGUUGUGUGUCGGGCAAACGUUAUUUUCAAUGUGAGCCCAAACGUGGCAUAUUUUCACGCUUGACACGUCUGACCACAUAUCCAUUGUCUGGAGCCCAGACGCCGACAUCGCCUAUGGCUAAAAAUUCACCAGAACGUUCUCGUACAGUCUCGCCGACGGCUAGUGUGCGUAGCUCCAUGUUACGUAGUCCAGGCAUAGGAAAAAAUGGUUUAACUGUGGGCGAUCGUGUGAUUGUCUCCUCGGGCUUUGGUAGUCGUCCGGGCAUUUUGCGUUAUCUUGGCGAAACACAAUUCGCUCCGGGGAAUUGGUGUGGCGUGGAAUUGGAUGAGGCCAGUGGCAAAAAUGAUGGAGCCGUUGAUGGCAUCAGAUACUUUGAAUGCAAGCCGAAGUAUGGAGUUUUUGUACCCAUAGCAAAGGUUUCGCUAUCGCCAUCGACAAAGAAGACGCGUCUCUCCCGUACGGGUUCGCGCGAAUCUCUCACUUCGAUUGGCACCAUGAAUAGCAUUGCCACCACAAAUACGUCGCGCAUGCGCAUGAAUGCUCAGCGCAAGUCUACCACGCCCAUUAAGCCAAUUGUAACGACGCCGAAAAGUCAAUUUUCCAUGCAGGAUUUGCUGCGCGAGAAACAAAACCAUGUGGAACAAUUGAUGGUGGAACGAGAUUUGGAUCGUGAGGAUGCUCAGAAUCAGGCAUUGCAAUUGCAAAAGAAUAUCAAUGAGCUGAAGGCACGGAUUGUGCAAUUGGAAUCGCAAUUGAGCGAAGAGCGUAAAAAAUCCGAGGAAUUACAAUUCUCUAUAGAUGAGGCUCAGUUUUGUGGCGAUGAACUGAAUGCGCAAAGUCAAGUGUAUAAAGAAAAAAUACAUGAUCUGGAAUCAAAAAUUACUCAGUUAGUUUCAGCUACUCCCAGCCUUCAAAGCAUUCCCAUACCAACAGAGGAUAGUGCUGCUCUUGCCAAUUCCCAACUGAAGAUUACUGAAUUGCAGGAAAAAUUAAUUACCCAGGAAAAGUUGAGUGAAGCGCGAUCUGCGGAGCAAUUGGAAGAGGAGCAACGUUUGAGAGAAAAUGUGAAAUAUUUGCAGGCACAGAUUGAGACUUUGCAAAAGGAACUUGUGGGCAAGGAUGAAUCCCUUGAGAAAUUCUCCCUCUCCCAAUGUGGAAUCGAGAAUUUACGCACAGAGCUGGCACUGCUCAAGGAGGAGAAUGAGAAACAGGCACGUGAAGCUGAAGCAAUCUAUGAACAGAAACUACAGGCCAAAUCAGAGGAACUGCAGCAAGUUACCAAUGAAUUGCAAAAACUCAAGAGUGCCUCCGAUUCCUUGGAGAGUGAAAGAGCGAAUGUAUCUGACGAAUGUGAGAUACUUCAAACUGAAAUUCGUAUGAGGGAUGAACAGAUCAAGGAGUUAUCUCAACAAUUGGAUGAAUUGACAACUCAAUUGCAAGUCCAAAAAGCCGACAGUUCAGCUCUGGAUGAAAUGCUUAAGCAGCAGCAGACAGGAGGAGAAGAAAAAGGCGCUCAAUUAAAGAAGAAUAUUGAGGAAAUUGGUCAACUUAAGAUCGAGGUAGAAAGCUCAAAACUAAAGAAACAAGAGCUAGAAAAAGAAUUGGAACAAACUAAACAAGAAACAGAGAAAGACAAAGAAAUCUUAGCACAACAACUUAAAGAGAUUGAGCAGUUGAAGGCAAAUAAUACUGAAUUAGACCAAGAAUUGGUCGCUAAAAAUACUGAGUUGGAAUCUGCAUUGAAGGAACAACAAUCAGUCAAAUCUCAACUGGAGACAAUUACAGAGAUUAUUGCUAAGAAAGAUCUAGAAUUGAAAGAACUUGGCCAAUCCCUGGUGGAUUUAAAUUUGCAACUAAAAGAAAAGACAGAAAAUUGUGAUGAACUCUUAGCCAAUUUAGACCAAGCCAAACAAAAUGCACAGAAAUCAUUGGCAGAUAAGGAAAAGGAACUGAAGGAGGCUCAGAGCCAGGUACAAAAGACAGAAGAAUCUUUAAAAUUGAUUCAAAACCAAUUGGAACAGCAACAGCAACUUUCGGCAGCCUCUGGAGAAGAAGGAGCCAAGCAAUUGGCCACUUUACAGGAGGAGAUAAAUAAAGUUAAAUCACAGGAGAAAGAACUUCAAUCCGCUUUAGGCCAAAGUCAAUCUGAAUUGGCCAGUAAAAUAAAACUCUUGGAAGCCACAAAUGGCAAUUUGGAAAAACUAACGCAAACUUUAGAAGAUAUCAAGAAACAGCUUGCCGAGUCCGAAGAGCAAGUUAAAUUGUCGUCCGAAAAGUAUUCCAAAAAGGAUCUUCAAUUGGGUGAUCUGCAGCGUCAACACGAAGCUCUCCAAGGUAAAUGUGAUUCGUUGAAUCAACAGCAAGAGACACUUCAAACCGAACUUGUGGCCGCCCGUUCCUCGAGUAGCCAACUGCAGGCAACGCUGAAACAGCUAAACGAUGAUCUUUUGGCCCAGCAGCAGGACUAUGCAGCCAAGGAGAGUCAAAGUAGCGGCCAGCGAUUGGAAUUGGCCAGUGAUAAUGAGUUGCUUAAACAAUCCAAUGUGAAAUUGGAACAGGAACUAAAGGAAAUCCAAGACGCAUUGUCCAAAUUGAAAGCAGAAUCCCUCGAGAAGCAAACACAACUAACUCAGCUGGAGGAGCAAUCGAUUCAGAAGGAAUUAGCAUUAGGUGAUGCUUCAAGGCAGCAAGAAAAUCUUAAGGAACGGUGUCAAGCUCUUGCCCAGCAAAAUGAAACACUGCAGCAACAGCUAAACGCACUACAGAAUUCGUCCACUGACUCAAAUGCAGAGCUAGUGAAGCUCUCCCAGAAAUUGGUUGAAGAGCAACAAGCCAAGGAGGAGUUAAGUGCCAAAAGCAAUGAGGAAAGAGCCUCCCUUGAGAGUCAAUUGCAGGCUAAUCAGCAACGAUUGGACACUUUGUGUAGUCAGGUUGAGGCACUGACUCAGGAGCUAGCUCUGAAAACCGAUGAAAAUGCCCAACUCACGGGAAAAUUAAAGGCUGAACAGGAUUCGGCUGGCAAACAGUCCCUGGAAUUGAGUGAUGCAAUCCGCAAAUUGGAGACUUCUCUGGCGAAAUGUAAUCACUUGGAGCAACAGCAAGAGAAAUUGCAGAGUGAACUGCAAGCCGAAAGAACCUCGAGCAAUGAACUAAACUCCAAACUACUGAAGGUUUCCGAACAAAUAUCCACUGGGCAAAAAGAUCUUGCCCAUCAAACAGAUGUGUGGACAAAGGAAAAGCUGCAAAUUGAAAGUGAAGUCCAAGAAUUGAAGCAACAAUUGCAAUCCUCUCAGGCUAAUCAAGAAAAGAUUCAAGGAGAACGGCAAAAACUUGAAACUUUGCUUCAAAAUUCCCAGGAUGAGCUGGCAAAGAUUCAAGCAGAACAAGUCCAGCUGACCAGCGGCACUCAGGAAACCAUCAAGGACUUGCAAGAGCGUCUGGAUAUUACCAAUCAAGACCUCCAGCACAAAGAGCAAAUGGCUCGUGAAGAUGCUCAAAAGAUAACUGACCUAAAGACUCUGGUCGAGGCCAUUCAAGUGUCCAAUGCCAAUAUAUCCGCCACCAAUGCUGAAUUAUCAACAAUCCUGGAAAUUCUCCAAGCAGAAAAAAGCGAGACAGCGCACAUUUUUGAGCUUUUUGAAAUGGAAGCGGAUAUGAAUGCAGAAAGACUCAUUGAAAAGUUAACCGGAAUGAAGCAGGAACUCAAGGAAACGCAUCUUCAAUUAGAAACAGAACAGACCAAAUACAAGGAUCUGGAAUCGCAGUUGGAAAAAUUAAAUCAAAGCGAAAAGAACCUAAAUGAAGCAGCUCUCGACUCGGCAGAACAAUUGCGCCAAUUGCAACAAGCCAAUGGAGAACUCCAAGAUUUAUUUAAAGAAAAGCAAGAAUCUUUCGCACAAUUGGAGAAAACCUUAGGCGACACUAACGCUCAAUUGGCCGACCAACAGGAAAAGUUUAAACAAUUGCAGCAACAGGAAAUGAAUUCCCAUAAAGAGUCCACCAAAUUCAGUGAAGAAUUGGAGCAAAUUCAACAGGUCAGAGAAGAACUAUUGAAAUCGGUGCAACAAAAAGAAGAGCUUAACCAGAAAUUGGAAUCGAAACUUAAAGAAUCCUCCGAUACAAUAAAGACUCAUCAAGUCACCUGCGAUGAAUUACAACAGAAAUUGGAAAAAUUGCAACAAAAGGAAAGAGAAUUACUAGAUGAGUCCACAAAAUCCAAGGAGCAAUUGCAGCAGCUUCAAUCUGCCAAUGAAGAACUACAAAAAUCUCUUCAGCAAAAACAAAUCCUACUGGAGAAGGGUAACGAAUUCGAGGACCGUUUGGCGGAAUAUCAAAAAGUCAUCGAUGAAAUGGAUGAAGCUUCCUCAAUAAAAACCACAAAUAUAGAACAACUUAAUAAACGCAUUCAUGACUUGGAAAUGGGUCUGCAACAAACCAUUCAAGCGCAUAAUGCUUCACAAGAGGAAUGCAAGCAGUUAUCCCGACAAUUGCAAUCCCUUGAAUUGGAAAAGGCACGCGAAGUUGCGACUCUCAAGGCACAGGUUAAUGGAACGAACAACGCAUCACAAGGCCAAGGCGAUGAAGUGGCGCUAGCUGACACUGAGAUCAGUUUGGCCAAAAUAAACUUUUUGAACUCCAUAAUUGCGGAUAUGCAGCAAAAGAAUGAUGCACUCAAAGCCAAAGUACAGACACUGGAAACGCUGCCCACAGAUUUCACCAAGCCACAUGCCUUUGAUAUGCUAGCCAAACGGAAACCAGCGCCGCGUCUCUUUUGCGAUAUUUGUGAUGAGUUCGAUAAGCAUGAAACUGAAGACUGUCCCUUGCAGGCGAGCGAUGAUCUUGAUGAUUCGCCGCCUCCAGCCAGCGAAGCCAACAACAAUGAGAACAAGGAACGCAAACUGCCGGCGCCGCGUAAAUACUGUGAAUCCUGCGAAGUCUUUGGCCACGAUACGUCCGAGUGUGCCGAUGAGGAAACUUAUUAAAUUACGGCUAGUUUUUUUUGUUGAUUGUUCUAAUUUUCUUAAACAAUGAUAAGAUAGGGAUCAAUAGCUAACAUUUACCUCAGCGAACGAUUUACGGAAGCUCUAAUUAUUUGGUUUUUUUUUUUGGCACUAACAAACACGUUUUAAUUUCAAGUUUUAAAUUGUGAUUUUGCGACAUUUGCCUAUUUCAAAAUUAUUGUUUAUUUAUUUUAUAGAA